UGGAUCUGAGAGAGUGAAGGCGAGAGGACGCGGCAGAGGAGCGCUAAUGAGAUCCUGCGCGGUCAAAGAGAUGCAUAUUUAACUCUCAGCUGUUCAGGAUUCAUAUUCGGUUUAGUCAUAAAGCAACGUUGGACUGUAUUUCACCCAAACUUUAGAGGAUUUUUUUUACUUUGGUAACAAUGGUCUCCAAGCGGCUACGCGUAAAGACGCCGCGGACAGCUGGCUUCUUCCUCCGCUCGUCCGUGUGCAUCAUCGGGCUGUUGGCCACUUUCUCUCGGCCUGUCUGCGAGGCGUUCAACCUGGACUUGGAGAACCCAGCUGUUUAUAGCGGACCAGAAGGGAGCUACUUCGGAUAUGCUGUUGACUUUUAUUUGUCUGAAUCCUCCAGUGCAAGCGUGGUUAUUGGAGCCCCCAAGGCCAACACGAGCCAGACCGACGUCACAGAGGGAGGGUCUGUCUUCUACUGUCCGUGGAGCAUCAGCGAAACAAACUGUCACACCAUUGAAUUUGAUCCAAAAGGAGACCGCAGCAGCCGACUUAACGACACAAUGCACCAGGUUGAUUUCAAGUCCCACCAGUGGUUUGGCGCCACAGUGCGUUCUCAUGGCGACACAAUCCUGGCUUGCGCCCCUCUCUACCAUUGGAGGACCGAAAAGGAUGAACCCCGUUCUGAUGCCACUGGAACCUGCUACCUCUCAGUUCAGAACUUCACCAAAUUUGUGGAGUAUGCUCCCUGUCGGACAGAGCUCAGUGAUGCAGGGGGUCAGGGUUACUGUCAGGGAGGAUUCAGCGCUGACUUUACGACGGAUGGCAGAGUGGUUCUGGGCGGACCCGGUAGCUAUUUCUGGCAAGGUCAGGUCAUCUCCGCGGCCAAGGAGGAGAUUAUCAAAGCCUACUAUCCAGGAUAUUUCAUGCAGGCUGUAGAGGGUCAGGUUCAGACCAAACAGGUCCAACUUGUACACGAUGACAGCUACCAAGGUUACUCUGUAGCUGUUGGGGAAUUCAGUGGGGAUCAGGUGGAAGAUUUUGUAACCGGUGUUCCAAAGGCAGUCAUGCUUUAUGGUUUGGUGUCUAUUUUGAACGGGUCAGAUCUGAACACCGUAAUGAACUUCACUGGUGAGCAGAUGGGAUCAUAUUUUGGCUAUGCUGUGGCAACGACAGACAUUAACAGUGAUGGGAUGGUUGAUCUGUUGGUGGGAGCUCCCAUGUUCAUGGUCCGAGACUCUGAUGGUCGACUGGAAGAGAUGGGGCGGGUUUACACUUACCUGCAGAGGAGCCCCUUAAACCUGGAGAUCCACAAACCUAGCCUGACAGGCAGCGAAGUGUUUGGGAGAUUUGGCAGCACUAUCGCACCACUGGGAGACUUGAACCAGGACGGUUUUAAUGAUGUGGCCAUAAGCUGUCCAUUUGGAGGUGAUGAUCGGCAGGGACUGGUCUACAUCUAUAAUGGAUACUCAGAGGGCCUCAGGGAAAAGCCAUCUCAGGUGAUCGUAGGCCAGUGGGCUACUGGUGCUCUUCCUGCCAGCUUUGGUUUUGCCCUCAGAGGAGCUCAAGACCUGGACAUGAAUGGAUAUCCUGAUCUCAUUGUUGGAGCCUUUGGUGUUAAUAAAGCAGUACUCUAUAGAGCUCGACCAAUUGUCACGGCCAGCGCCUCCUUGGUAGUUUCCCCCACAAUGAUCAACCCUGAAGAGAAAACCUGCACAAUCACUAAUGGAAACUCUAGCAUUUAUGUAUCUUGCGUCAAUCUGAGUUACUGCAUAACCGCUGAUGGGAAACACCUACCGGCCGAUCUAGACUUCCAGGUGGAGGUGCAGCUUGACAGCCACAAGCACAAGCAAAAAGGUGCUGUGAAGAGGGCUCUGUUCCUGGAUUCCCAGCAGCCUUUGCUUCAGAAAAGUCUGAGAGUUCGCCGUGGGAAGCGUCUGUGCGACCAAAAGAAGAUCUAUCUAAGAGAUGAGAAAGAAUUUAGGGAUAAACUUUCCUCCAUUUAUGUGGCCUUGAACUUCAGCUUGGACCCAAAAGCUGCCGCCGACUCCCGUGGGCUGCGGCCCAUCCUCAACUACCAGACCACCAACGUUAUUGAGCAGAAGGCUCAGAUAUUGUUGGACUGCGGAGAGGACAACAUCUGUGUUCCUGACUUGAAGCUGGCCGCCCAUAGUGACAGGAAGGAAGUCUACCUCGGCGAUGACAACUCGCUGACCUUAUUUUUCAACGCCAGGAAUGAGGGUGAGGGAGGGGCGUAUGAGGCAGAGCUGUAUGUGGCAUUGCCCCCUGAGGCAGAUUAUAGCGGUAUUGCCCGUAACAAUGAGAGCCUCACUCAACUUACCUGCAGCUAUGAGACCGAGAACCAGACCCGGUACCUCAGCUGUGAUCUGGGCAACCCAAUGAAGGCUGGCACCGAUCUCUGGGCAGGUUUGCGUUUCACAGUUCCACGUUUAAGAGAUGCACAGAAAACUGUCCAGUUUUACCUCCAGAUACGCAGUAAAAAUGAGAAUAACUCUCAAAGUGAAGUUGUCUACUACAACCCAGAGGUGGUGGUCCAGGCUGAUGUUAUUCUGCAGGGUGUGUCUCGACCAGAUAAGGUCUUCUUUCCACCGGCCAACUGGAAAGCGCCCAAAAACUAUGUGGUGGAGCAGGACGUCGGGCCUGUCGUGGAACACGUUUAUGAGCUUGUCAACAACGGCCCCAGUCGGAUCAGCGGCACAUUACUGGAGCUGCGCUGCCCUCUACGUGUCCAGGGUCGCUCUCUCCUCUACCCUCUUGAGUUUUUCACAGAAGGUCCCAUUAACUGCACCGCUGACGAAAACAUGAACCACCGUGGACUCAAACUCCAGGAAACAUCCACAGAGUCUCCCGCUCUGGCACUGAAGGCUAAUGGGCAUCAUGUUGAGAAGAGGGAGACACAGAAAGACCAGCUCGCUCUGUUGACUAACCUGUCUUGCCCCAAUGUGAAUUGCUGGAAGCUCCAGUGCAACGUGGGUCUCCUGGAGAAGGGAACCACUGCAAUCCUGAAAAUGCGAUCGCGAGUCUGGGCCCAGACCUUCACUGAGAGAGCUUACAAGCAGUAUGUGAUUGAAUGUCUUGCCGAAUUCAAAGUACAGAAGAUGCCAUAUGGGAUUCCACCCAAACACUAUCCAAGUGGUCAGAAAAAGGUGGUGACCCCAUUGGUUUGGAACAAACCAGACAUUGAAAACUCUGUCCCUUUGUGGAUCAUCGUCUUGGCCAUCCUGGCUGGUUUACUUCUUCUGGCUCUUCUUAUCUACGUCCUUUACAGGUUUGGCUUCUUCAAGCGAUCUCUACCUUACGGCACUGCCAUGGAGAAAGCUCAGCUCAAACCACAGGCCGCCUCUGAGGCCUAACUCCCCAACUGAACUACAAGAACCACAAUAUCUGGCCAAGUGAUUGCAAUAGAUGGACACAACGGAACUUGUGGCGUGGAUCAGAGUUGCGCGAACGAGAGACUACUGGAACUCCGCUGUGCUGCACUAAAAAGAAGACAAACACCCAAAGAUCUACAAGCCAAAUGAAUGUUUUUUUAAAUAUUUAUAUCUUUUUUUUUUUUUUACCCUUUUGGGAUUUUUGGCAAAUAGAACUUAUCUUUGUGCGUAAAAACAAAUCUUAGACAAAAAAAAAAGCACACGGGCUGCCGUUAUCCUGUGCAUCCGGGAACAUUUUGGGUUUACUUUUACAGAUGUUUGUGAUGAAGACCUUUAUAGUACCUGUUUAUCUGCUUUAUCUUGGUGCUAAUGAUCGAGUGCAUCUGCUGCCGUCGACGGGAAACAACAGGAUUGUGAUAUGAUUGUCUGACCCUGUUAUUUACACCUUGAACUUUGCGAGCUGUUGUCAAUUUCCAGCCUAGUUUCUGCUGGGAUACAUCCCGCCACUAUGCAACCCCAUGAACAGGAAAAGCGGGUAUUAAAAAUGCUUUAGAUGGAAGUUUGUCAGCUGUUCAUGGAAAUGAUCACUUGCUGUCUCAGGUGGACAGUUUUUUUGUGCUUUGAAUUCUUUUUUUUUUUUUUUUUUGCACUCAAAGGAAAUCUACUGAUAUUUUUUUCCAAAUACACCAAAGACUGACUGAGCUUCCUUUGAGAUUGGACUUUGACUCCUACUGAUCACUUUGUCCAAGUCCUGUAUUUGUGUUCUCAGUGUUACCAAAGCUGCAGCCGCUGUCGGUGUAGCGGCAUAUAGUUAACUGGGAUUGGACUGGAAACACCACAGACCUGUGGAACCUCAUGUUGAAGCAGCAUGGUGCUUCUUGUUGGAAAGCGGUGCUCUCCUGUCCCUUCUGCUUGGGGUGUGAUGGUUAAAGUGGGGGAAAAAAGGAACACAGUUGUCGGGCAUGGUAGCAUAAGAAAAACGAACAAAGACAGGGCAGACAGCAUUGAUGUAGCCUUGACAGGAGGCUGAGGAACAAUGGAUCCUUUUUUCAGCUUAGUGUGUUGCUGAAUGAGAUACUGUAUUUUUCUUCUUUUUAAAUGAGUAAAAUGAAUGAGACGCAGCUGACAUCAUCCCAAUAUCAUAAAGGCUACAGGGACUUAAUAAUACAAUUCCUUGUAUGUUUUUUUGUUAAUGUACAGGUGUAUCAUAAUACAUUAAAAUAUCAGCAAAAAGUACAUAAAUUCCAAUAACUAGGUUAAAUUAAAGUAAAACUCAUGUAGACUUAUGGAGUGUGAAACUUUUCCUAAGCGUGUUUUUUUUUCUUCCACUUAACUUUCCAUUAAUGUGCCUAAGUGCAACUCUCUGUGAAUAACCAGCUUCUGCUGAACACUAUUAUGGCCCUCAUUAAACUAUUAAAUAAUUAUUAUAUAACUAUAUACAUAUCUGAUGUGUGAUUCAAGAUUUCGAAUAUUUUUAUUGAAUCUAUCCCAUAAUCGUUAAAACUAACAUAAUGAAGUAUCUGAAAAGUACCUGACCUUUUUGCUGAUAUUCUUAUUUAUUAAGAUGCACCUUUACUGGAGUUAAUGUGCCUUAAUGUAAAUACUUCAUGUCUGUGGGUCAGCGUUAGGGUCACCUGUGUACAUCAUGUGUUCAUGAAUUUGUGUGAAUGAUGUAUUUAAGUGGUUUUUGUUCUCGAGUGCGUGUGGUUAUAACUUCCCCACUGCCUAGUCCUUUUGUAGCCAGAGAUAAUUGAGGUGAACGUUUUUCAUUGAUUUUAAACCCAACAGCAAAAAUACCUCAAUCAAAGGGAUAACAACUAGGCACUGGGAUCUACACCAUGUUUGGAAGUGCAAUAUUUAUAUCACUCUUUUUAAUGUAUCACUGCGUUUUAUUUGUCUUUUUUUUAAACCAGAAAGUGAGGAUGUAAACUAAACCUCUUGGUUUUUUAAUUGUUUUUUAAAUCUAUUAUAUUAUUAGCUUUCUCACUGCUAACAAAGUCAAAUCUUUAAAAAAAAGAAAAAAAGAAAUGCUUUCCCCAAGUUCUGAUAUAUUUAUCACUUUUUUGAACCGCUUUCACUUCUCACAGGUUUAAUAGCACAGGUUGAUGCUGAAACAAAGCAUGGUUGAAGACGCUUAAAUCGUUAAUAUCAUCACAUAUUCUCCUUCAGCAGCUGUUUAAACACAACCAAUUCAGUUAACAUGUGUUGUACAUAUUUUCCCUUCACUAGAUACGUCUCCCUCUGAUCUUUGGGUGAUUUAUACAAACCUGGACUAGAAAAUCCCCAUUUAGUUCUGGAUCUAAAUCCUUCAUGCGGCACAUUCUCUUUAUGACAACCAUUUCCUUGAACUUGUCAGUGACUGGACCGUUCUACUUCCAUUGUUACAUCAGGAGAAGGCACUGGUAAUUAU